AAUGUCUAAGGAGAAUAAAUGUUCACGUUUCAAAAAAUCAAAAAAGCAAAUUGAUACUCUUAAUGACUUUUACCAAAAACAAUAGAUCUGGGGAUAAAAUACAAUAAAAGAAAUAGCUAACCUGACUAAUUUACCAAAGGAGAAAAUAUAUAAAUGGUAUUGGGAUCAAAACAAGAAAUUUAGGUAAGAAUUACCAUCAGAUGAAAUUGAAGGAGAGAUAAUAGUUAAAUAAGAUCAUUUGAGUUCAAAUACCCAUGAAAUACUAUAUUGUAGUGGACUUUAAUUAAAUUAAGAAUUAGAUGAAAAUUUAAAAAAUAGGCUAAUCAAAUUAGCCAGAGAUUUGAUUUUAAUAAAAUGA